AUGAACCCGGUUAUGGGGGCCCGAAAAUUGACUGAUACUUUUGUGUUUAUGCGAAACAAUGCUAUUCAGAACCGGCAGUUCGCUAAUAAUGUCCACGCACGUUCGACAGACAAAGAGAUGUUACUAAAUGAAAUGACUAACGUAGAACUUGGUUUUACGAAAUCCAACGAAGGUUUGCAGGAGUGGCAGAAUAUGGUCAAAUCGAUUAAUUUCGAGUUUACAGUGAUUCGUCAGAAAAUGAAGGAAUUAAUAAAUCUUCACGAUCAUCAUAUUAUGGCCGCAAAACUAGAUGACAACUUAGAUGAUGACAAAGAAAUUGAAUUGCAAACGAAGGAGUUGACACAGUUAUUUACCCUCUGCCAUCGUCAACUUUCUCAACUUGCCGCGUUAAAGCGAAAGAUCCUUUCUGGAAGUCGCGCUCAGCCAGAAAACUUAAUGACUAACACAAUUUCCUCUCUUGCUAGGACACUACAAGAACUGUCUCAGACCUUUAGAAAGGUUCAAUCUCAGUAUUUGAAUGAGCUUAAAGCGAGAGAUGAACGAAUUCGUGGUUAUCUAAAUACAACUCUGGGAAAUGAAUUAACUGCAGAUGAUGUCGUCGGUUUAACUGAAUUUAAUCUUUUAGAGCCUGCAACUGGAGAUCAGACCCAAAUGCUUUUGGUUGAAAAUACGAAAGCUGUUGAGAGGAGAGAACAGGAAAUUACUCAAAUCGUGCGCUCCUUACACGAACUCAAUGAGAUAUUCCGGGAUGUUGCUCAGCUUGUUGUUGAUCAAGGUACACUGGUCGAUCGUAUCGAUUACAACGUGGAACAAACUCAAGUUCGCGUUCAAGAGAGCCUGAAGCAGCUGACCAAGGCUGAAUCCCACCAGAGGAAAGACCGCAAACUCCUAGUCAUCUUUGUUCUCGCUUGCCUUGUUAUGAUCCUCGGUGCUAUCCUGGUUUUCACCAAAUUUAUUUGA